ACGCUCCACACUGACAUCUACAGAGAAAACAUCACCAGCUUCAACAGUGAAUGUACAAUGCGUGGUGGGGAUUUAAAUCUGACGAAGACCAACAUUCUCUGGAGAUCAGACAAGGCAUUCGGCUGCUUCUAUCUGGGAUCAACCAACACCGUCUAAAAAGGGAUAAAAUAAUAAAUCCAUAUUUGGAACGUUUUUAACUGACGGUGACGCGCAACACAGACCAAGAGAAGGUGCACGAACGAACUUAUUCACGAACGACCGUAGAGAGGACGGCUCGAACACCCGCUGCUUCCAGUUUUACCUACGCCCCAAUCCGAGCGGUUCAUGCGAAGGAAGAGACUCCAGAACAGGCCGAUUACGAAGAUAGCAAGGCGAGGGAAAUAGGCUACGGCAAACCUCCAUCUCGCCCAGAUACCUCCAUUACGUCCACCUACCACCGCCCCCUUCAGCCAUGGACCCCCCGAGGACUCGGUCGCGGUCACGGUCAGGCUUUUUUCACUAUGGCAUGAACGGUGGUGGCAACAGCAAUAACGCAAUCAACAACGGGAACAUGAAUGCCAGCGGAGGGAUCGGGGUGAACUACCCGCAACAGAACAACACCGGCUGGGCUCCGCACACAGCGCGCAGCUAUACAGAGAACCAGCACACCCAGGGGAACUACCUGUCUAGCGGGGCGCAACGCCACGCUUCGCAUGGAGCACACAGACACCCCGGCACUGGUGUCCUUCACUUCCACCCUGAUAACGUCUGCAGUGAUGAGCGGGACAAG